GAGUUAAAAACCCUCACAGCACUCAUAUGGGGCGCGUUUGUGUCGUUUAUAGUUUUGCAUGUAUUUUGUAUUUCUCAACUUAAUAAUCUCUCACCAUGAUUUUAUUUUGAUACCGAACGAUUUCGUACGGUUUUAUCAGACAGCCCAGAUAUGGUCCGUUGGAAGCUGAUUUGUUUGUUGUUGUUGUUUUUUUUAGCUUCGUUCUCCUGGUGCAGAAGUUUAAAAUGUUCCCAAGGGAAGAGGUGCAAGGACCGACCUCCUCCUGUGGUACUGAUUCCAGGAGAUCUCGGGAACCAGCUGGAGGCUAAGCUUGAUAAACCCAGCGUCGUUCACUACAUCUGUUAUAAGAAGACCACUGAGUACUUUACGCUCUGGCUGAACCUGGACCUGUUGCUGCCAGUGGCCAUCGACUGCUGGAUCGAUAAUAUGAGACUGAUCUACAAUCACACAACGCGAAGUACAGAAGCCCCCCCAGGCGUGGACAUCCAGGUGCCCGGCUUCGGUAAGACGUUCGGCCUGGAAUACCUCGACCCGAGCAAACACAGUGUGGGAAUGUACUUCUUCACUAUAGUGCAAGCCCUGGUGGAUUGGGGUUACACCCGAGACGCAGAUGUCCGAGGGGCACCUUACGACUGGAGAAAGGCUCCCAAUGAGAACAAGCCAUACUUCAGCAAGCUGCAGCACAUGAUCGAGGACAUGGCAGAGACGUACGGUGGGCCGGUGGUCCUCAUCGCUCACAGCAUGGGCAACAUGUACACUCUUUACUUCCUCAAUCAGCAGCCACAGGCCUGGAAGGACAAAUACAUCAAGGCGUUUGUGUGUCUGGGUCCUCCAUGGGCUGGCGUGGCCAAGACGCUGCGCGUUAUGGCCAGUGGUGAUAAUAAUCGUAUUCCGGUGAUCAGCCCUUUGAAGAUCCGCACUCAGCAGCGGACUGCCGUGUCCACAGCAUGGCUCUUCCCUUACGCGCACACGUGGCCUAGCGACGUGCCGCUGGUCUCCACACCCACCGCAAACUACACAGUGAAAGAUUACGAGCGUUUCUUCAAGGACAUUGGCUUUGAGGAUGGCUGGGCCAUGCGUCAGGACACGGAGCCACUGGUGCAGGCUCUGAAGGCCCCCGGCGUUCCUGUGCACUGUCUGUAUGGGACAGGCAUCGCCACAGCAGAGGCUUACCGCUACAGCACGUUCCCAGACGCAGAGCCCGUGGUGGUGAACGGUGAAGGAGACGGCACGGUGAACGUGCUCAGCGCCGUGCAGUGCAAACGCUGGAAAACGGAGCAGAAACAUCCCGUGCAUCUGGUGGAGCUUCCAGGGAACGAGCACGUGCAAAUGCUGCUGAACUUCACUACGGUCGUGUACAUUAAAAACGUGUUGUUACCACCCUGACGCACACAACACUUUCACUAUCACCUUUUAAAUUGGCAGAAGUGACCAGUCACACCUGACUGAAAGUCCUCAGUUCUGCCUUUAUAAUGAAUUUUUGCCCCAUUGAGGUUGACUACUUCUGUUUUAAAAUAUGAUUUUAAAUGUUCGAAAAGCGCUCGGCACAGAUUACCACUUUAAUUUAGAGAAACGAUCUGAGUCGCUUUUGUAAAUGAAAACGCCUCAGUUCUUCUUUUCUAUAAAAAUCCUCGGCGGUUAACCACUUCUUUAUCUGAUUGAAAAUGUCCAGUGGUUUAAAGUUACCUGGAUCAUAAAGGUAAAUAAAUUAGUCAAGGUUUAUCCAGAUGUACAUUCUUGGGCACGAUCAGAAAAGGAGCCUCUGUGAAUUUUAUAUUGGGGUUGUUAAAAAAUCCUAAAUUUUUAAUUUGUAAAACUAUCGAUAUUUACUGAAAGUUUUAGACCAAAUGUUCUCUGCCACUUUAAAUGACAUCUCUUCUACUAAUACUGAUGUGCCUGUGAUUUUUAUUGUUUCUCAGAACUGAGGUGAAUACUUUUGCUAUUCUUUGUAAUUAUACCAAAAAUGUUCUUUUAUCUAUUUUCUAAAUCAGAUGUUUAUAUUUUGAAUGUUUUUUUUUUUCUUUGCUCAUAUUUCUGCUGAAUCAGCCACUACAGAGAUACUAUACUUUUGCAGACAUUAAAAUUGCACAACUCCGAGAGAACUUUAGUCAUUCCAUCAGCACUAAUUUCAUGCUGAGACAUUUACACUGAAAGCAGUUGUCCUUGAAUCUCUAUUUUUGUUUUCGUACCCAGAUCAGCUUGGAUUAUAAAUUUAACUAUCAAGACACCUUAUCAAGGAUCAAGGAUCAAGACACCUUAACGCUUUCAUAUGCUACAAAAAAAAGAUUAUUGUAUUACAAAUGCCAGGUUCAAACUUUCAUAUUCAUUCAAACUGGAGGUAUAUAACAUUAUAUAUGCACUGUAUAUGUAAAUAGCAUCAUAUUCUAUAGAUAAGAGCUUUUUAGAGGUCAUUUUGGAUCCGUUUAUUCCUUUUUGCUGUAAAACCUCUUUGUCCCAAAUGUGUCUUUAAUGCAUUUCAUUCUGAGUCAAAUUUGCACCUUAAAGGUGCGGUGCACGAUGUUUGAAAAGUGUUUUAGAAAACUGAGUCGGGCCGACUAACAAAACAAACGUGUAGCCAGUGAGCAAAAAGGAGUGUGUCUUGUCAAUAUGUGGCGGAGAGAGUGUUCAGAGCGCAUGUCUGACAUUAGCAGUAAGCGAUUGAAACUGACAUGACGGAUACCUGCCGUUACCUCUGCCUCGGGUUCUAGGUGUUGAACGUCGUCUUCCGCGUGAAACGGAGCUAAACCUUUCACGGUACAACACACAGUACUACAAAAACACAUCUGUAUUACCAUAGUAUUACUCAUUGAGUUGAUUUAUUGAUAAAAAAUAUCCCCUCGGCCAGCUGCCCCAACAGGUUCCGCCAUAAUAGUUGCCUGGGUUGCGUAUGUAUGUGGGUGCGGAGCUAUCAAAACAGGGGUGACACCCAUUUGGGUUAGGGGCGUGUUUGUUUUGGUGAUUUCAAAUGACAACAUUGGCUUUCAAACAUCGUGCACCGCACCUUUAAGUACUUGUUGGAGUAAGAAUAGAGAGAAAGGUUCAUUCAGUUUCUGUAGUCAUCCGUCAUUAUUUUCACUGUUCUCAUUCUGAUCAUCUGGUGGGUUCAGAAGGUCAAUCACUUAACACUUAUUAUUUUUUUGCAUGGUUUAUCUUACCAUUUUAUUGAUUUGUUUUAUUUUUGGUGUGGGUGAAAGGCAUGUAAGAACUGUACAAGUGAUGCACUGCUCUAGGAAGCCACUUACUCAGUUUUGUGACUAAUACUGUAAGCCUGUACAAAUCAGUAUUGUUUGUUUUAUUUACAAGCUCAAAAUGCUUCUGUUGUGCCUUUUUAAACUUGUCAAGAGUGUUUGUAUUCUAUAUCGGUUGAACAGUAAUGAUUGUAAAGUUAA